AGCAGAAAUUAGAGAUUCUCAAUAAAGGAGGAAGGUGAAAUCUUAAUAGUAGUGCAUUACUUGGAGAGUACUAAAAUUGCAUGAGCAACCUUAAUGUUAAGAUAUCCAAUGAUAAGAUACUCAACUUUUGUCAGAAGACUUUAAGGCCAGAAAUGUUCUUUGAUGUAGCCAAAUGUUUACUAACGGGUUUAGUUUUAUUUUGUAAAGAAACAUGGAGCAAGGUGUGAUAAUUAAGCUUUUUUAAAGGAGUUUAACUAUCAUCUAACUUGUAUCCCUCUAGAAUCCUGCCUCAGAAUUUAGAAUCUAGUGAUGUUAUGAGAAAAUGUGACUUGAAUCCUGAACCUUGUGCUGAAAUCACUCUAACUUUGGUUUGCAUUAAUAUCAACCUCCAUUAGCUUCUUUGCAAACCUGGCUUCACAGAUGGCGUCACAUGCCUGCUUGACUCUCUCUAAGGUCUUACCAGGGAACUCAUACCAGACUGCAUGGUAAUCAACAUUGGAGUAUUGUUCAGGGAAGGACAUUAUAUUCAAGCUUCAGAGAUAAUGAAUAGUUCAAAAAAGUAUUUUGUCUUCUUGAAGUCCCCAUCUUUUCCCAGCUUUAAGAGGAGGUAUCCUAAAUCGGCCAAGAGAUUGGAAACUAUCUUGAAUCAAUGGGAGAUGAGCCAUAGACAAAUCACACAUGCAAUAAUGGUUAAAGCUGGUAUAGCUCUUGUGCAAAUUUUUGUAGCUUCUCUCUACUGAAUUUUUACUUGAAAUCCUAUUCUCAUUUGUAUCCUGUGCGAUAGACUUUGAAGGAUGCACAAAUAUUUCAGGAAAAUUAAAGUGAUAGUUUUCAUCUUGCUGGUAGAUAGAUUCUUCCAAAGGACUUGUAUAAGGCGGAAUGAAUUUGUACUCUGACAAAGUCUGAGGCAGAUCUAUACCAAUUCAAAUUAAUUCACUUUAUCUCCAAAAUGGGAGCCUGCCCAACAAGAUGAAGAGUAGGAGGUGAAGUAGGAAAUAAUUAGAAGAGAGUAUGGCCAUCUAUCUUUCAAACUGUCUUAAUUUAAUAAGUUUCUAAUAAUUCGGAAAAAUUAUGAUUGGCGACUAAAAAUAAAAUUCAUAUUAAAAAACAGCAUAUGGAAAAGAACUUGCAUGAGUAAAUUUACAAUAACUAAAGAUAUAGUACUCCUAAUUUAAAAAUCUCCUCGAAAUGAGGAUUCAUAGACUGAGUUUAUUCAUAAUCUCUUAUAUUUCUGAUAAUGUAGCUAAAUUUCAGAGGUCUUUUUCAAGAAAUUAGUUGACCUAAAGUUAUUCCAAGUAUGGCUUCAAACAUAUAAGUUAUUUCUAUACUAUUGCACCCACAAAAGGCUUAACUAUCAACCUAGCAUUGUUUAUUACCUAGUAUGUCCAAUUGGGAUUUGCCAUGAUACUGAAAAUCUGCUAUUUCCUUGAGAAAUCUAGACUGGUCUUCACCUGCAUAAGAAUCGUCCAUGAUUAAAUUAAUUAUAUUGAAGCAUACAAACCUUCUUAUAUAGUUUCUGAAAGUUUCCACUUCCAGGAAUCCUCUGGUAAUCUAAACACUCUCCUCGAUAGAUCUUGAAUCAAAGCGUCUGGAAUCCUCAGGCUGAUAAAAUUUGUAAUAAAAAUUUCCAACUUAAGAUCCAUUAAAAGUUUUAUAUGUAUCAGUGCCAAGAAGAAGAAAAUGGUAAAGUACAACUCUGAAUUGGAAGAUGCUUGUUUGGAUGAACAAACUCUAGACUUGGAAAUACCAGGAAAAAGAAUAGAAUCAUAAGCCCUCGAUUUGGAGGUUUAAAUCCAAGAAUUGUCUACUAAUUGAGAAAAUUUUGUUUUAGAGUUAAGUAAAAAUGCAGUUUCGGUGAACAUAAUGUGAAGUAUAUUUCUGAUAAAAUAUACCCAACGAAGCCUUCUAAGAUCUUUUAAGACAGCAAAUAGUGACAAAACAAGCUGAAUAUUUAGAUAAACAAAUUUUACUUUUUUAAAGCAACUGAAAUCCUUCUUUGUUUAGAUUUUGUUCAACUACUUUUUACCUAAAAUAAAAUUCUCUUCUAAAUUUUCUCGUGAAUUCAUAAUAGUUAAGCUAAUAAAAUCAGAAUUCAGACUCCUUGCUGCUGAGAGACCCAGAACUAGCUUGUGGCCCAUUCAAAAUUCUUCAAAUAAUGCUUAAACCAAGAUUUAAGUUCGCAUGAAAGCCAGCCCCAAGAACUUUAGGAUAAACAGGUGUCUUACUUUUAACUCUCAUUCAUGAUCACUGAACUAUGGCAAGCCCUAAUAUAAAAGGAACAACAUUUGAAGGAGGAAUUUGUUAUGAAUCCUGUCCAAAAUGCCCAAAGAAAGCGUCUAAACCCUUGAUUAGUUUUGGACUCUGAAGACCUGUUAAUUA